AUGCGCCCCGCCACCGACGCGUCCUCAAAACCCUGCCGCGAUGCGUCGUCCCUCACGCUCCCACCCAACCAUCACCAGCUUGCAUGGCGGAAGACCACCACUAUCGCCGUCCGGAGGGCUUUCCCCAACAAGUAUGGGACAGCCUCCCUUGUCAUCUCCAGCGCCAUAUCAUUGCGAGUCAGCAGGGCCGAUUGCAGCCCCAUGACCCUUACCGCGACGGUCCAAUGGGUGAUCCAUACCCACCGGCUAUUGAUCCCAGUUUCGCCCAGAGUAGUUACGAGCCACCGGGUCCAAGAAGUCGCCGCCUCCAGACUGGGACCCACCAAGGCCAAAGGGGUAGCCAGAACCUGCGACAACACCAAGAGCAGGACCCAGAGCAUGAGCGGAGGCGGGAGCAAGGGUGCCAUGACCAGGAUGGGGAGCAAGAACAGGAGCGCCAUCGUGAACGAGAGCGUCAACGCAUUCGAGACCGUGGUAGAGACCGCCAGCAGCGUGAGUGCGAAGAUGAUCGUCAACGCCGGUACCAUGAGCGUGAGCGCGAAGAUGAACGAGAACGCAGGCCUGGGCCUUCUAAUGCACGGACUCGAAAGCACCGCCGUGACACUGAUGAUUCAGAUGAAGACCUCCCUGAUCCAAGUCAAAUCAGUACCUGGAAACAUCCUCGUCGUGAAGAUGGCACCCCUCGUCACAGAUCCCGUUCACGUCCUUCCCCCUCCGACUCUGACCCCGACUCCAGCAAUUAUCCCCGGCACAGGGAAUGACCUAAGCAAGGUCGACACAAUGCAGCCAAGACGCGAAGGAUCCGUGAUCUUGAAGAAGUGUUGGAGGGAGCUCACUCAGCCGGUGGACAGCCUCAGUGAGCCCCGCCGUGCAGCGAAAAACCUCCUGGCAGCCCUAGUAUGCCGCAAAUUCCGUGAGAUAUGUGGCGUCGAGGAAGGGGGGCAUUGGCCUGAAGCUGAUGAGGCCAGGGAGGGACCCGCUCUGGGUGAAGAAUAUUUCACCCCGGACUUCAAUGCCAGUAGCAACCACUGGACCAAUCAAGAGAUCUUCGAGCGCGUAGCGAGUCUGGUGAUGGAGGAUCUCGCAAAUCCUAAUGAGAGGGAAGACAAAUUUAACCAUAGUUCCGUGUAUUUCAAUGCCCAGACAGUAAAGGUAUUGGCGAAGAAGGCCUGGGAAGGGUAUAAAGUCCAAGCCCGGGCUGACAGGGAUCCAGAGAAAGGUUGGGCUUCAGAGAAGCACAUGGAGAUCCUCGAUGACCUUGACAAGCUGUGGUGGGAGCUUGCAUCUGACGCCGACAAGCAGCACCUCACUGGAAUUCACAUCAACACUACUGAUCAUGCCUCCAAUGCUCCCCCGGCGUUGGCUCCCUUCGACUUUAUGAUAGCUUGUGGAUGGUGGGACAGGUAUCAUCAGACUUACCAGGACCACAUCAGUGAUUGGUUCGAGCACGGAAAUCCAUCUGGAUGGGAAGACAUACCUAAUGAUGAGGACGAGGAUGAGGCUGAGGAUGAAGAUGCAGCAAGGGAACAAGCCCAGAACCAAAAAAUAGAAGAACUCUACGACGAGCGAGCGAGCUCUCAUCAAGAGCCUUCUCAGCCAACCCCGAAUCAAGAUGAGGAAGAGGACUUUGCACCCGCUGUACCCAGCCCUAUAGACAUCCACUCGGGCCCUCCUUCUCGUUCUGAUUCUCUUGCUCCUCCUGCGACGUCUACAUCUGGCUCGUCGGUCUUGCAAGAUCGGGAUCAGUCAACUGACUCAUCUGAUGGAUCUAGUGAUGCAACUUCAGUAGACUCUGAGGCUGAACUCGAUAUCAACAAGCACAGACUGAAGACAACUCUGAUAGACAACUCCCUGACUUAA